AUGGAGAGUGAAAGAGAAUCCGAUGAGAAAAAAGAUGAAACACCACCAACCCCACCAGAAGAAGUCACUCAUGAAGAAUCUCGUAAAAUGCCUCAAGAGGAUGAUCAAAAGCCUCAUGGGGAUGAGAUGAAAGAGAGUACAAGAGAAGAUUCUUCAUCAAUCACAGAGAAAGACAAAGAAGAAUCUAAAAUCCUCCAGGAGGAUCAAGAGGGAAAGGGAAUUCCUCAAGAAGGUACAACAGAAGGUGUUUCUGAGGAAAAACCCAAAUCAGAGAUGGGGAGUGAAAGAGAAUUCGAUGAGAAAAAAGAUGAAACACCACCAACCCCACUAGAAGAAGUCACUCAUGAAGAAUCUCGUAAAAUGCCUCAAGAGGAUGAUCAAAAGCCUCAUGGGGAUGAGAUGAAAGAGAGUACAAGAGAAGAUUCUUCAUCAAUCACAGAGAAAGACAAAGAAGAAUCUAGAAUCCUCCAGGAGGAUCAAGAGGGAAAGGGAAUUCCUCAAAAAGGUACAACAGAAGGUGUUUCUGAGGAAAAACCCAAAUCAGAGAUGGAGAGUGAAAGAGAAUCCGAUGAGAAAAAAGAUGAAACACCACCAACCCCACCAGAAGAAGUCACUCAUGAAGAAUCUCGUAAAAUGCCUCAAGAGGAUGAUCAAAAGCCUCAUGGGGAUGAGAUGAAAGAGAGUACAAGAGAAGAUUCUUCAUCAAUCACAGAGAAAGACAAAGAAGAAUCUAAAAUCCUCCAGGAGGAUCAAGAGGGAAAGGGAAUUCCUCAAGAAGGUACAACAGAAGGUGUUUCUGAGGAAAAACCCAAAUCAGAGAUGGGGAGUGAAAGAGAAUUCGAUGAGAAAAAAGAUGAAACACCACCAACCCCACUAGAAGAAGUCACUCAUGAAGAAUCUCGUAAAAUGCCUCAAGAGGAUGAUCAAAAGCCUCAUGGGGAUGAGAUGAAAGAGAGUACAAGAGAAGAUUCUUCAUCAAUCACAGAGAAAGACAAAGAAGAAUCUAGAAUCCUCCAGGAGGAUCAAGAGGGAAAGGGAAUUCCUCAAAAAGGUACAACAGAAGGUGUUUCUGAGGAAAAACCCAAAUCAGAGAUGGAGAGUGAAAGAGAAUCCGAUGAGAAAAAAGAUGAAACACCACCAACCCCACCAGAAGAAGUCACUCAUGAAGAAUCUCGUAAAAUGCCUCAAGAGGAUGAUCAAAAGCCUCAUGGGGAUGAGAUGAAAGAGAGUACAAGAGAAGAUUCUUCAUCAAUCACAGAGAAAGACAAAGAAUCUAGAAUGCUCCAGGAGGAUCAAGAGGGAAAGGGAAUUCCUCAAAAAGGUACAACAGAAGGUGUUUCUGAGGAAAAACCCAAAUCAGAGAUGGAGAGUGAAAGAGAAUUCGAUGAGAAAAAAGAUGAAACACCACCAACCCCACUAGAAGAAGUCACUCAUGAAGAAUCUCGUAAAAUGCCUCAAGAGGAUUAUCAAAAGCCUCAUGGGGAUGAGAUGAAAGAGAGUACAAGAGAAGAUUCUUCAUCAAUCACAGAGAAAGACAAAGAAGAAUCUAGAAUCCUCCAGGAGGAUCAAGAGGGAAAGGAAAUUCCUGAAGAAGGUACAAUAGAAGGUGUUUCUGAGGAAAAACCCAAAUCAGAGAUGGAGAGUGAAAGAGAAUCCGAUGAGAAAAAAGAUGAAACACCACCAACCCCACCAGAAGAAGUCACUCAUGAAGAAUCUCGUAAAAUGCCUCAAGAGGAUGAUCAAAAGCCUCAUGGGGAUGAGAUGAAAGAGGGUACAAGAGAAGAUUCUUCAUUAAUCAUAGAGAUAGACAAAGGAGAAUCUAGAAUGCUCCAAAAGGAUCAAGAGGGAAAGGGAAUUCCUCAAGAAGUUACAUUAGACGAUGAGAAGAUUAAGGAAGGAAAGGCAUCACCUCAGAAAGAUCAGUGUUUGGAAAGAGAGAAAAGUAAGGAAUUCAAAAGAGAAGAAUGUGACUUGGUUAUUACAGAUGAAAGUUCUAGCUUGAAGAAAACCUUAGAGAAGAGGGAAAAGGAUGGAUUUCAGAAAGAUCUGAGUUUGGUAAGAGAGAAAAGUAAGGAAGAAAGAAAAGAAUCUGUCAUAGUUAUUACAGAUGAAAGUUUAGGCUUGAAGAAAACCUCAGAGAAGAGGGAAAAGGACAAAUUUCAAAAAGAUCUGAGUUUGGCAAGAGAGAAAAAUAAGGAAGAAAGAAAGGAAGCUAUUAUAGUUAUUACAGAUGAAAGUUUAGGCUUGAAGAAAACCUCAGAGAGGAGGGAAAAGGACGGAUUUCAGAAAGAUCUGAGUUUGGCAAGAGAGAAAAAUAAGGAAGAAAGAAAAGAAGCUGUUAUAGUUAUUACAGAUGAAAGUUUAGGCUUGAAGAAAACCUCAGAGAGGAGGGAAAAGGACGGAUUUCAAAAGAUCUGA